AUGCCAUCCUUCAUGGGCCCACCGUACCUGCCGCCAGGAUCACCGGCCUACAACGCCUACUUCGCAAACCCAGCGAAUCGCCACCCACCGUCUGCCUAUCCCACUUUUAUCCCACCUGCACCCCAGCCUCAGAUCUACGUGGGAAAGAGCUCAACGCAUCCACCUUCUGACCCCCCUCCCCAUACCCCACCCCAGCCCCAGAUCUAUACGGGAAAAAGCGCCCCAACGACGCCUGACAUCGACCCCCGCCCAGUCCACCAAGGCGGCAUGAGCACGUACGACCAACCCGGCCUGGCAAACUGGGUAGCAGCCAACUCUUUCCCCGACCAUCCGGGACCUACAGAUCGGCAUGGACCGACCGCGACGACGAAACCUCAUCACUCGACCACCACUGCAAUGCCGAAACCGCGCUCUUGCCUCAAGAAAGGUGUGCAGUUCACUCCGAGCGUGCAGGCCCGUGAUGAGAGAAAACAGGAGGGGAGGAAUAGGACGAAAUCCAACGGGACGAGAGUAAAACGCAUGGCCUGCAAAUACUGUCAUGUGAAAGCGGUGGGUUGGACUGUGGAUGACGAGGGGUAUUGCGAUGGAUGCUAUAGAGACUCAAGGGAGCGGCGGUAA